GCGUGAAACAAGGGGAUGGUAUUUUAGGACCUUGUCAGCAAAGGUCCACUCCAUGUGGCGGUCGAAUGGGCAGCCCACUUCCAAGAUGAGACACCACCAUACAUACACACACAGUCAUGAUGCGGUGAUCAGCUGCAGUAUAUCUCUUUGUCAUGUGUCACUUUCUAAGCCACUUCUCUGUUCGUUUUCUCACCCCUUUCGGCAGACAGCCAGUAGCUCCAUCCAGCCUGUCAGUGAUUCACUACAGCUUCAAGCAUAACUAGUAACAAGGAUCCUCUAUUUUGGUUUCAGUCUGUGUUUCCUUUGUGUGCAAUUUCAUUUUGUGCGGCUCAUCCAUUUAGCCUGGUCUCACCUGUUUACAGCUGAAAUGGAAAGCAUUAUUCUCAGCGGCUGGCGGCCGAUGUGACAGUGCUGUGUUGUGUGUAAAUUCCAAUUCACCGUGCCGGGAGGAAAAUCCACUGAGCCAUUUAUCAAAAUACUUUCGGCUGGUUUGGUUUAACUGGUCUGUGGGCGAGAAAGAUAAGAAUGAGGAAUAGAGAGAGAGAGAGAGUGUGAGGAAAGUGAAAAUCAACAAGAGAAAGCUAUCCAGAGAGAGUGAGAGAACAAACUAUUCAAUGAAAAUGAGUCAAAACAAGAGGUACUAGAGGAUUUGUUCACCCUUGUUUUAUCUCAGUUCCUCCAACCCUGUGGCUGCUUCAUUGCACAUCAACAACUGCAGGAGAAAUCACCCUCUCGUGCUCGCCAGAUUUUCUUUCUCCUCCUCCUCCUCCUUUUUCUCCUGCUGCUUGCGUCCGCCUGUCUGCUGCUCUAGCUUGAAUGCUGCCGAAGUGUCAGAGCUUUCCAUUCCUGUGAAGGUGCUGCAAGUCUAUUGUCACAUAGAGGAUAAGAGGCAGACACUGAGACAACCUGCAGUAGUACCCUGCUCCCGCAGAGCUCCAGGCUGCGUCUCAUACGCUCAUCUCUCCGGGAUUCUCCCUCCCUGCCCUUUCCUUUUAAUUCUCUCCAUCAAAGAAAUCUGGCAACAAAGAGAAGCUAGUGAAAAUGUGGACCAGCUUCCUCAGCAGAGGAAGUUCAUGCCAUAGCAACACGUUGCCUGGGUUGGUACGGACUCCAUCGCUGAUGAUGCAGCCCACUCUGGAUAUGAAACCCUUUAUGCCCUUUCAUCAAGUAGACACAUCCUCUGCUGUGGGUCUCUUCCCUAAUUUUAAUACGAUGGACCCCGUGCAGAAAGCUGUAAUAAACCACACGUUUGGAGUGUCCAUCCCUCUGAAGAAAAAACAAGUCAUUUCUUGUAACAUCUGUCAACUCCGCUUUAACUCAGAUAGCCAAGCCGAGGCACACUACAAAGGCAGUAAACAUGCCAAGAAGCUCAAAGCACAAGAUAACACCAAGAAGAAACCACCAAAGAGUUCCCCUCCUCCUCUUGUUCCUUCCCUGGACAGAGCAGUAACAGUAACUACCACCACUUCUACCCACUUGACUAGCCCUCUCACAGGCAGCAACUCUGACCAAGCAGAGGAUAUCUUUGUGGCUAUCAAUGCAAUGGAUAAAACCUUGGCUUCUCCAAGCGCUUUUGUCCCCAUUAUCUCCAACUCCUCUUCCACGGAUGCAUCCGCAGCCUUGCCCGUCCCCAGCCUCUGUAGUCCCAUCCUGUGUGGCCCCACGCCCGACAGCCCUCCUUCGUCAGUACAACCACAGGGGCUUGUCAUGAAGAGCAACAGCAGCGCCAAGGCUGGGCUCACAUCACCGACCACUGCGACUUCAACAGGGACUCAGCCCACUCCAGAAUCAGAGGAGGAAAAAGCCAAAAAGCUCCUCUACUGUUCGCUGUGCAAAGUGGCAGUUAACUCUCUGUCACAGCUGGAGGCCCACAACACAGGUUCCAAGCACAAAACUAUGCUUGAGGCAAGGAACGGAGCAGGUCCAAUUAAGGCCUAUCCCAGACCUGGCUCCAAGCUCAAAGUCCAGGCAACCACGGUGCUUAAAGGCUCUGGCCUACAGAACAAGACUUUCCAUUGUGAGAUCUGUGACGUCCAUGUCAAUUCGGAAAUACAGCUCAAACAGCACAUCUCCAGCCGAAGACACAAGGAUCGAGUGGCAGGGAAACCCAUGAAGCCCAAAUACAGCCCUUACAAUAAACAGCAGCGCAGCUCCACAGCCAUGGCUGCCAAGCUGGCUCUUCAGAAGGACCUGGUGAAGCCUAUCUCCCCUGGUGCUUUCCUCUCAAACCCCUUCUGUCCCACAACCGUCCCCUCCAUCUCCCUGCACCCGCGGCCCAACACCUCCAUUUUUCAGACUGCUGGCCUGCCGGGCUCUAUGGGCUCCAUCCCCUCCUUCCUCCGGGCUGCUCCAGGCCCCAUCAGGCCCAACUCCAGCUCCAUCCUCUUUGCCCCGUAUUGAUUCAUUGGUCAUGACACAGUGGACAGAGAAUGGGAGAAAAUGGGCGGUAACAGAGUGAAGCUCUGGGGGCUUGGAGGGGCUGGUACUGAUCUGCAAGUUAGUCCAGUAACAAAUACUGGUCUUGUCUCCCAUCGCGAAAUGUUUCACUCCUCAGUGAUUCGGCAAAGAGGGAGACAGAGGCAGCACAGAGGGAAACUGACAUGAUCACAGAAACAUGGGACCUCUAACUGCGUGGAGCAGUAAGUGCACUGCCUAUUGGAUGAUGUCCUGCUGCAGACAGUACCUCCCCCGGCACACUCAACUGAGAUGACUACUGCACUGCCAAGCUUGAAUAAACAAGAGUGUAUUUAUUUGAUUGAACUUGUUUACCUUUGCCUGUCUGCCUGUGUUUCCCUGAGACAUGGAUUGCAGAGGUACAGUGCAGUGGGCCCUGUUAGACUACUGUGGGUCCACGUAUUGGAUUCUUGUGGAAUAUUAAUGAGCAUCAAACAGCUUCCUGAAUGACUUGAAUUAGCAUAGUCUUCCUGUGUGAUUAAAUGAAUGGACAGUUCCAGCUAAAUGUGUAUGACCAUACCGCACACGGCAAUUUUUCAGUUGUCGCUUGAUGUCAUGAGUCAGGGACUGAGCGUCAACACGUUUUGGCCUCUGUUCUCUCUGUGCUGUGUUAAUCAAAUAGUUUGAGUUUCACAACAUCAUCAAAUAUUCUGGAUUUUUGCUUCACUUUUGAGACUGCAAUUUACAGUAGAUAGGCAUUGUAAUACAUUUCUUAGUAAUAUCAUUCCCAUUAUCUCAACUCUCUUGGUUUCUUAGUGAGGGACACAUUUUUAGAUUUUACCCUUACAAUCUUACAGUACAUUGUUUCUGCAGUAUAUUAUGUAAUCAUGAGUCAUUAUUUUCUUCGAGAAAAUGCAGAAUAUAUUUGUUUUAAUCAUGUUUAUCUAGGUUUGGGAUCAUUUCCAUUUCAAAUCAGUGAAUUGAGGUAAAAAUUCAUUAAUUUCAGAUCUCUUUCGGAAUUUACAAUAAUGAAAUAGUUUUGACCCGAAACCUGUUUGUAUCACCCUGUUGGGUAACCAUGAGCCUUUCAUUUAUAUCUUCAUGUAAUAUCGUUCAUUUGAAAUGACAACAAUAUGUUGUGGCUUUCUGAUGCAAUAAUGUACAGUAUUGAAUUUGUAAAUCCUCCAUAAUGUUUAUUUUAUUGUUUACCUUCCAUGUUGCUAUACUCAUUGUUUGUUACAGUGGGACCGAAUGACAGAGGUAGAGUAUUUGUAUUUUUAAAGUUAAAAAAAUUAACAAUCCACACCUAGAAUGACUUUUUAAAGAUGGUAGGAUUUUUUUAAUGGAAUACAUUUAGUACAUAAAUACAGUACUGAACCAAAGUCUUAGGCAACUUAAAGACGAACUAAGGCCAUUUAUUUGGAUAGUAAGUGUUUAUAUGAAAGAAAAAAAAUAUUUAUACAGUUAAGCCCAAAAUUAUACAAACCUAUGCCAGAUUUUGAGCCAUUGGGAAUUUUUAUUUGACCAUUAGGUUUCUUCUGACUGGAAAUUACAUAAACUAGUGAGAAAACACAGUAAGACAUUGUGCUGGGGAUACAAAUGAAUAAUGUAACUAAUUCAGUUUUUUAAUUUUUUUUAUGAAAAAUGCCAUAUCCAACAUUAUUCAUACCCUUUGAAAUUUCUAUACCAUAUAAAAUGUUCUUGUAAUUUCCACCAUGAGAGAGCAUUCUAAUUACCUAUACAUUGAAAACUAGCUGAACAGCAGUAGUUCUCUAGUCUGUUACUAGUCAACUGCAAGUCAUGGCUAAAAACAGAAAUAGUUACGUUAUUCAUUUGUA